AUGGUAGUCUACUGUGAUGCGUCAAAGUUGGGACUUGGUUGUGUGCUAAUGCAAGGUGAUAAAGUGGUGGCCUACGCUUCUCAUCAGUUGAAGGAAUACGAAAGGAAUUAUCCAACUCAUGAUCUAGAGUUGGCAAUUGUGGUCUUUGCCCUAAAGAUCUGGAGACAUUAUCUGUAUGGAGAGAAAAGCAAAGUAAAUGUGGUUGCAGACGCUCUCAGUCAAAAAUCACAGACCUUAUCUAUCGCAUCCCUGGCUGUCAGCAAGGAACUUAUUGAAGAAGCUAGGAAGAUGGAUUUGGAAUUAUUAGUAGAAGGUGUUACCCUGUCCUUGGCAUCUCUAACGGUGCAGUCCACUUUAGUUGAAAAGAUUAAAGCAGCUAAAGCUUUAGAUGAACAUUAUAAGGGAAUCAUUGAAGCCAUCCAGGGUGACACACAGCAUGAUCUGGACUUCACAUUGAAGGAUGGCGGUGUCCUCAAGUUUAGAGAUCGUCUAUGUGUUCCCAAGAAUGACCAGCUAAGGAAGUAUUGGCAGAAGCACAUGAAUCCCCUUACUCGAUUCACCCAGGUCCAGCAUCGGGCCACGGAGGCAGUGCUUCAUCUUGAGAGCUCUGCUUUUUGGGAGAUGCAGGGCCUGGAGAAGGAGCUUUAG